AUGUAUGGACAAACGGCCCUUUCACAGCGGGAAAACGAAUAUCACAACCUGAGAAUACAAGUCGAACAGCUGAGGAGAGAAGCUGCUAUAUCCAGGAAGAAAAUUUCAGUUUGUUCUGAUGAGUAAGUCAGAAUGGUCACGAUAUCGUUGAUUUAAGCUUUUGAAAGCGUUGUUUUGUUUGCCUUUGUCCUCUUUUCUAAGCACAUUAUUAAUGCAAAUUUACAGGUAUUGUUUCCAUUUUGAUGUGAACCUUUUGUGUGAUUAAAUUUGUAUGGAUUCUAUUGUCCAUAAUGGGCGCUCGGUGUUAUAGCACGUACUCCCAAGUUGUGACAGGACGAUUUUAGAACAUAAGUCACGAGAUGAAAUUCAUCUCUUUUCGUAGUGAGACUUUGUAUUUCUUAUAAUGUCCGUUAGAGUAUAAAUCCACAGUAGUUUGUCAACGUUUUAGCCCUGAAUAUUUUAAUGACGUUACUUAGUUGUUUACGAAUUGCGUUCGUGACGUUUAUAGCAAGCAGCAGUGACCUUAAGAAUCCUAAAGAUUUAGUUCGUGAAGCUUUUGUUUUUGCUUAUUUUCUGCGGCUUUUAUGUCUUACAAUUCAGAAUUUCUCAUUUAUAUAUUGAUAUCUUUACUGACAAUGAUAAUGACAUGAGAGUUAGAGAGUUAAGGAAAUUAUAAUAAUCAGCAUUAAGCAACAUCAUUCCAAGAGAAACUGAUUCUAUGAGGAAUUCAAGGUCAUCAUUAAGUUGAUGCCAUGGCCUUGAAAAGGGCUUGGCGAGGGGAGUGAAAUGUUUACGCUUAUCAGAAGUUUUAUUGCUCUUUCAUUUUUUUUGGCAUCAUUGUUAAUGCCAGUUUCCAUAGGAUUUUUCUCUUCGAUGAUGGAAUUCUUUAGCCGCUGGUCAUGUGGUCAGGACAUGCCCCCUAAAGAGUAUUUUCACAUGACAUCAUGGCAGCCAUACCAAUCCUGUUGGAAUUGAACAUAUUUCUUAUGCAUAUACAUCCCAACUGUCCCGGAUACGGCGCUGAUCUCCCGCUCGCCCACAGUGUCCCGUACGGGUCACCAAAUCUCCCGGAUAAAAUGGACUUUUAAGCUUUUCUAUGCUUUUUGUUUGAAACUUAGCCCUUGUUUUCCCCUCAAAAUUUGAACUUUUUGUAUUCAUUGUGUGGUCUGGGACAUUUUUGCACAUAUUAAGUUGAGUCACUGACAAAGAUAAUUUGUUUCAUCAUUACAAUGAUGAAAGCAAAGUUUGAUAUUGGGUUGGGGGGCUGUUGGAAGUGUUGUGCAAAAUAGAGGUUGGCAUCUCUGCAAAUAUAAAUGCUCUCUUUUGUUCUAAUAAAUUUGCGUAGAUGCUGCCCACAUGAGUGAAAAUGCUCCAUAGUCAUUUUUGUUAGCUUUACAAGAAAAAGCUGCCUUAACCCAUUCGCUCCUGGAGAUUUUGCCGAAAAACGCGUUUUGAAGCUAGUCGAGUGGUUUUCCAGUCACUGUCGUGCUAUAAAGAGCUAAAACUUACCACAAACCGGUUUACAGGUCGUACACUUGGCGGCCUUCUGAUCCAGAUGCAAAAUAUCAGCUUACAAAGUUCGGGCAUGCGCAGAAAGCAAAAUUUCGACAUAGUUUUUGGGUUUAAAAGUGACACAGCAGUCUUGACUUUUACUUUUCGCUUUCUCUCCUCCCUUCUUUUUUCGCUUUUCUUGCCUCAUUUUUUUUUUCUCUUGCUGGGCAUUUAGUAGGCUUCAUUUUGGUGGGAAGAGUUUUUAGGAAAGCUUUUAGGAUCUUAGGAUUAGGUGAAAGGAAAGGUAGGUGGGUAAUGGAACAAGAUUUUCAUGGAGAUUUUCAGGUCCUUGUCACGUGGUUUUUUGCUUCUUUCUCCGGUGUCCUUGACUGAAUUGUGCUCAUUCUGGUAUGGUUUGAAAGAUCUCUUCACCCUGCACAAGUUAGCGAAGAAAGUUGUCCUUGACCGUUAAAACUGAUGACGUCACAAAGGGUAGAAAGGACCUGGAUCCGCACGGGCGGUUCAGGGGCGAAUGGGUUAAAAACAUUUUGUAUACCGGUAUGUAUCUUUUAAUAAUUAUCAAAUGUCUAAGUCAUCAGGUAUUAUUAUUAGAAGUUCUGUCUUCUUAAAAAAGUCAGUCUCAGUUGGGAUUGAGUGUUUGACCAGUCCUAGGUUUAUUGAGAGGCCUUCCACCUCCCCUCCCCCACCCCCUUUCCGCAAUUUGCAGUUAUUUGCACCACACACUAUUUGAUUCAUUAGAACAGUUGAAUAAAACUAGAGUAGCUGGCUGUUUUAAUGGAAUGAACAACAACACAACAAAUUAAUAUAACUUAGUAAUUAUCUGUUAUUCAUUACAUAGGAAUCAAUCUUUUUAACCUUUGUUUUGUUGUGUUUUUUCUUGUCGUAGCCUUGCUCGAUUCUGCCAAGAGAAGCGAUGUGAUGAUCCUUUGCUAGGAAAGAUUCCAAAUGCAAACAAUCCUUACAGAGAUAAGGGAAUGACAUGCUUGCUGCUAUGAUAAAAAAAGUACAGUGGUAAUACUAUAGUAAGGACUUUGGCUCAGGACCUGCUGAAUGGACAAAUAUCAUGCAAGAAACAAAGACAGUGAUGCUUAGUGCUGCAUUCUGAUGACCCGAUGUUGAUUUUCAAGAAAAUGUGUAGCGUAUGCUUUUGUCUGCAAAUUUUUACUCUGUAAGCUAGCAAAGGUUGAAGUUUCAACUGAUAUCGAUGUCCUUAGAUUUAUUCAAGGCAAGACAAUUAACGUAAAAUUCCGAAAAUAAGCCCCUGGGCUUAUAUUUUUCAAAGGCCUCUUUCAAGGGGCUUAUAUUUGGAGGGGCUUAUGUAUAGAGGGAAAUUUGCAUUUAAAAAUCGAUUGGGCUAGCCUUCUUUUUGGAAAGAAAUUUACCGAUUUUCUUUGUUUUACUUUGUAUUUGAGGGCAAUUUCCAAGUACAAGCCCCCCGGGGGGCUUAUAUUUGGAGGGGCGAUUUAAUGGAGGGUUUUUUGCAUUACGAGUUUGGGGUCUUAUAUUUGGAGAGGCUUAUACAUUUUGGGGCUUAUUUUCGGAAUUUUACUGUAUAAUAUGAAUAAGAAAGCAGUGUGGUGUAAUUUUUUAUUCAGAUUGAUCAGUAGUUUUAGUUUUAGAUACAUUCACUUUUAUGUAGCAUGAAACCUGUACAAAUUGUCAAGAAUAUAUUCUAGUAUUACUGUGCCUAGGGCUAAAAGGGUGAGUGAUGGACAAAACCAGUCUUAAACUGUAGCAAAAAAUUACGGUACAAGGGUUUGAUAUUACAGAGAAUGAUUUUGAAGAGCUUUUUAGCAAGGGUCUUUUUUCAUUAAUUGCAGUAAGACUGCAAAAAUCAGACCAACCUUUAGUGCUACAUGAUCACUUUGGCAACAUUGGUUUUGUUUUGUUGUUAUAGUGGCAUGAGAUAGAGUAAUAUUCUGACAAUGCUUUCAUUUUAAUGCAUUGCUAUUAGUUGAAGAAAUUGUUUAGAAGCAAAUAUUUUUGAAUAAAUAGAUAUUGCAGUUUUAUUGCUAAUUCUAAAUCAUAAAAAAUUUAGUAAACAUAUAUUGCAUAAAUUUUUCGUAUUACCAGUAUUUCCUAGAUAGAAAGCUGGUUGGUUGGAAGCUUGAAUUAUUUAUAUGCUUCAAAACCAAGUUCAAGUGAUGACUAAUAUGAUUAAUACAAAAAAAACCAUGCAAUUAGUUUGAUAUUGUGGUUUACUGGAUUUCAGUCAUAUGUGUGUUUCGUCAGCUUAAAUUUGUAAUAGCUUGUCAUUGUUACCAUGGAUGAAAUUUAACUACAGCAAAUACUUCAUUUUUAAUAACUGACAGUUCUUUGUACUAACAAAUAAAACAGCCUCUUUCAAGCUUUCUUUGUUGCAGUGCAAUCAUCAUGUUGCUUGUCAUACAGUUUUCACUUUUCCCAUCCUUUUCCAUCAGUUACUGAAGUUAGGAUGAUUUUGCCUGUGACUCAUACUAAACUGUGUGAAUAUGGCCACCUUUUCACCUCUUUGGAUUCACCAAAUACAGUAAAAACCCGCAUAUAAGAACCUAGAAUUUUUUGAAGUCAGGCUGAACAGGUUCUUAUAUUUUAGCAUAGUUUUGCACAAUAAUUAUUUAGGCUGACUAGGUUCUUAUUUUUCAGAGGUUGUUGUAGUGUAACCAUGCAUUGGCAGAAAUAUUGUACUACUACUACAUAGUGGUUUACAAAAAACCUGUUUCUGGUGAAAAUCCAAACAAAUGUAAAUCAAAGAAAACGUAUACACAGUACCUUUUUGUCAGAAGUUUCUCACACAAUUAAAAUCCAGAAUUUUGACCAUCAAAAUUGGAGUUUUUUUUUGUAUAAAAACCUAUGUUUCUUUGCCGAUCUUUGCCAGGCUGAACAGGUUUUUAUAUUUUUGGGUAUUUAAAUGCCAAAUUUCAGCCUGUAGGUUCUUGAAUCCUUCCUCCUUUAGCCUGCCCCCAGUGGCCUGCAGGAGCAUGAUAAGUGGUCGACACAUGGGGUAUAUCAACCUGAGACCAGGCUGAUAGACAGACCCAAGUGGAUGAAUUUCACUUAACUGGCUCCACAGGUGCAUAAUUUCUUAAAGUAUUUAGACAAAAAUAGAGCAGAAGAGCUUAUAUUCUGCCUCAAUUUUGUGAGUAUUGGAUAAACUUCUAUGCAGUUGUCUUGUAAAAAUCUGCUAUUGAAGUCAUAUUAAUUAUAUUGUUAUCCCCAUCAUGGAUUAUUUAUUUG